AUGCCCAUGGCAUCUGGGUCGGUCGCCAUGUCGCCAGCCGCGACACCCUCAAACUCCUCCACCCACUACGCACAAAGGGCCAAAACACUGUCGCGGGCCACGGGUAGAAAAGCAGUGGGCGCCGUCAGCUCGACCUCAUCGCCCAACCUCAGCUCGCUCUUCUCGGCCCAUUCCAAGCUCGCCCCGGGAGGCCCCGGCUUGCUGGCGCGCAAAGGCUCCUACGCGGCCCUGACCCCUGGGUCCCUGGCCUCGAUUCCGGAUGACAGCGAGAACUACCCCUUCGACACCGUCCUGAACCCGAACCCGCCCUCGCCCUCGCGCAGCAUGGCGCCCCUCACUCCGGGACGCGCCGGAGCCGCCGACGACUUCUUUGUCGGCGACAUCGUCGACGUGCCCGGCAGCAUGCACGGCACCGUCCGCUUCUUGGGCUCGGUUGACGGGAGGAAGGGCACGUUUGCCGGCGUUGAGCUGGCGCCGGACUUUGCGGCGCGCGGGAAGAACAACGGCGACGUGGACGGGAUAUCGUACUUUACCACCUCGCAACCCGGCGCUGGCAUUUUCGUACCCGUCACGAAGCUGUUCAAACGCGCCUCAGGCACGUCUUCCGGCAUAGCCACCAACACCUUCCCCCGAACUCCGAGCGCCCUCAAGGCUGCGGGCCAGAACACGAUCAACUACACCCCGCCCACUCCCUCUUUACCCAAAUUCAGUCAGUCGGUUGGGCCAGCAAGGGCCCCAAGCCCGUCGGGCAAGCACCCCCGAGUCUCACUACCGCGGCCUGAGUCGCCCGUCCGCCGCCUGCAGCUUACACGUCCUUCGACCGCGACGCCGGGUCCGAAAGCAGGGCCUCCGCGAUAUGGAACGCCUUCCAUCAGCAAAUUCGGCUCGAGCGUCCGCGGUACCGCUGGAGACCCGGCCAAGCCCCCCUCCCGAUUAGAGCGCAAGCCCAGUCUGCAGCCUCGAAGCGCGUCCUCUCUCGGCCAGGCGCGUAGUGCGUCUGCUUUUGGCCAGGCUGGAACCAACUUUAGUGAAGAUGAAACCACGCCUGUGGGCAACCGCACCAAGACGAAUGGAAGUGUUGGGUCUAUUGGGAGCUUGAAGAUGCGCCCGGCCUCUCGCGCCGCCGCUGCCGAGGAUGAAGAGAUUGAACGUCUCAGAUCGCAACUUGCUGAUCGCGACCGACAGCUCAAGGACCAAGCGUCUGCACUGGCUGAGAUGGAGAGCAGUGUUACGGAGCUUACAUCGCUGAUGGAAAACACCGACAUGGGACCACCUAAGAGGAACAGCCACGACGACAAGGACACAUCCCAGCUCAGAGCCUUGCUAAGGGAGAAGAACGAGAAGAUUGCGAUGCUGACUGCGGAAUUCGACGCGCACAGGGCCGAUUUCCGCAGUACUAUUGAUACCCUAGAGAUGGCCAGUACGGAGACGCAGCGGGUAUACGACGCUAGGAUCCGGGAGCUCGAGCAGGAGAUACAUGAAUUACAGGACCGCAACGAAGAUGUAGACAGCGUCGCGCGUCAGUUGAAGCAGCUGGAAGAACUGGUCCAGGAGCUCGAGGAGGGUUUGGAGGAUGCUCGCCGCGGCGAAGCAGAGGCGCGCGGAGAGGUUGAGUUCCUGCGAGGGGAAGUCGAGAGGACACGGGCGGAGUUAAGAAAGGAGCGUGAAAAGGCAUCUGCCGUCAUCAACGGAGGCUCCAAUGUUGGAGAUGCUGCAUCCAAGGAGCUGGAACAGAAGGAGGACGAGAUUAGAGGUCUCAAAGCCAUCAUCCACUCCCUCAGCAGAGACGGUAUGGCCAGCAACGACUCCGCCGACAAGACACCGGUACAGCCGCAACGCAACCACUCUUUUACCAAGUCCGGCACCGACUCCAUCGCCAAGGAGAAGCUGGAACGCGAGGUUAACGAGCUACGGGCCAUCGUGGACAACAAGAGCAGCCGGGAGGAAGAGCUCGAACGUGAGCUCGAGGUCUUGCGUCGCAACAGUGCAACGACUCACCGCGGCAGCGCUAUGACCAUAGGCAGCAUCGACCGCUCGUCGUAUCGUGACUCCAAGGGCACUGUCAUUCUUGCACGUGAGCCCCGGUCACCUGAACACAAGCGAGUCCCUACCAUGGAAACCAUGCCCGAGAGCGAUGCAUACUCCUCCGUCACCGAGAGUAGCACCCUCUGGUGCGAGAUCUGCGAGACCGGCGGCCAUGACAUCUUGACCUGCUCGAAUAUGUUCGGCAGCCAACAGGAGCAGAGCAAAGGCAACCCCACGACAGCAAAGACUGGGAAGGACGUGGUAAAAGAAGGCCUUUCGAACCUGAACGUGCCCGGCGCCGACGCGGAAUUCAUGCCGCGGCCGUUGACGCCUGUUAAGUCCACGCCGGCAACACACCCGCCGCCCGCCAACGUCAAGAUAUUACCGAACCCCACCGAUUCGGGGCCCCUGGCAGGCAAAGACAGCGGCGUCGUUGACCCAGAGAAGUGGUGUGCAUUGUGCGAGCGCGACGGCCACGAGAGCAUCGACUGUCCGCUCGAGGAUGCUUUCUAA